UCAGGACACAGCCUGCCUAAUAGGCUUAUUAACGGGGGGGAUCAGCUCCCGAAGCCCGACAAGGCGUUCUAUCAUUCGAUAGAAUCCCUAUUAUAUCGUCAUGUAUAUUCCCGUCCCAGGACUAUACCUUAUAUCCUUGCCCAAAUCGCCCAUAGAGUUACAUCUGAGUCUUUACGGAAGGGACAACAGAAAGCUCGCCACUAGAUACAAUGCGCCUCUUGGAAGCUCGUAUAGCUAAAGAGACUGGGACUCUAAAGCUUAUAGAGAAAAGGCCGAACGAGUUGCUGAGAUAUGCUAUACUAUCACAUACCUGGGAAGAUGACGAGAUAACUUUCAACGAUAUUGAGAGCGGCGAAGCUAGCUAUGCCUCGGUCAAGACGGUCGCAGCUCUUGCAUCGCUAUCAAAACUUCUAGGCGCGUGUACCCAGGCCGCUAAUGACGGUUACGAAUACAUCUGGAUUGAUUCAUGCUGCAUCGAUAAACGCAGUAGUUCUGAGUUAUCCGAGGCUAUCAACUCUAUGUUCGCUUGGUAUCGCGACGCCGAUAUCUGCUAUGCCUUUUUGCUCAAGGCACCUAACGAACUUGCCACGCCUGAGGCAAAGGCCGAGUUUGAGACAAACAGGUGGUUUACUCGUGGCUGGACGUUACAAGAACUUCUCGCGCCUAAGCAUCUGAUAUUCUUCUCCGGCGACUGGGUCCCGAUCGGCGAGAAGAAGUUCCUGUGCUUGCUCCUUGCCAAGAUCACGCGGAUAGAUUAUAAGAUUCUACUCGGUGACGAGCCUUUGGACUCGGCAAGUAUUGCGAAACGAAUGACUUGGGCCGCGCAAAGGGUCACUACACGUCCGGAGGACAGAGCGUAUAGUCUCAUGGGAAUAUUUUCUGUCAACAUGCCUAUGCUAUAUGGAGAAGGUGGAGAGAAUGCAUUUCUACGGCUUCAAGGAGAAAUCAUGAAGCAAUCGGACGAUGAGUCGUUGUUCGCCUGGGUAAACCUACACUCGCAGCCAGAUGCGAGGCACGGCCUCCUAGCGGCGGAUCCAUCGUAUUUCUUGAACUCGAUUGACAUGAUUCCGUAUCAGGAUUGGGAACCUCGUGAACCAUACACCUUGACUAACCGCGGCCUUAAAAUCGAUCUUCACCUCACGGCACUUGGCAAAGAUAAAUACGUAGCAGCCCUCGACUGCCCCGUACCGCCCGACUAUAAGGACUCGACGUUCCUAGCCAUCUACUUAGAAAAGUUGUCAGAAUGCGAUAACCAAUACGCACGCAUUCGGGUAGGAAAUUUCGCGAGCGUUCGUACCCGCGGACACCUCCAGACGGCCUACAUCCGUCAAAAACCGGAGCCACCGUCCCAUGAGGGUGCUUUUCUUCACCACUUUAUCCAGUUAAGGGAAGGACCCGACCCAACAGUGUAUACGCUGGUAUGCCUACUGAGUCCACCUCCAAGAAAUGGUAUUUCAGGACCCAUACCGACGAAGAAUUCGGCUAGGGAGUGGGUUAAGUAUAAAUGGCCGCUCGUCCAUAAUCUAUACCGGAAACCGGAACAGCUGUCAGCAGCUCUGAUAUUCGAGCGCACGGACGGCGAGAAGCUUGCUGUGCUAAUCGGUACACUCAAUGGAUUCAACGUUGCCUUUAGCGCAUGUGAACUCGACGCCAAGCUUGAGUUGAAUGCCGUACAAUUUCCAGAAAUGGAAGCUCUUUUCAAGCCCACCACGGUUGGAAGAUUUGAGCUGGCGGCCCAUAGUGUUCGCGUGUCUGCCGUACCCGUCCUACUAUCCUCAGACAAGUAUUACAUGGUAGAUGUCGGAAUUGAAUCAAUUAACAUGUCAUGGGAAGAUAUAGUAGUAAGAGAGGUACUUGAUGUUAGUGCAAGUACGCCAAAGGCUGAAGAGGAAGACACGAGCAAAAGAAUUGAAAAGGGGGGGAAACCGACCUUCUGGAAGCGCAUUACACACUGAAGUCAAACUACCUAUCUCACGACUUGUACUUAUACUUCUACUCGUAAAAGGCACUUAUAGUUUAUGGUGAAGCAAAAGGCCUGAUAUAACACUUUGCCCCUACUUGACAAGUAGCACUCACGGCCCAGUGUCGGCAACCAGAGCUGGUGGGAGAAGGGUGGAAGGAAAACCUAGGUACCUAACCUAAGAGAACGUUCUCUCUUUGAUGAGAAAUGGUGGAUUGUCAGCGGUCCACCAUUCUUGUCCUCCAAUCUCCUCUAGUCAGACCAAAACAUGGGAUCAUACCCGGGAUCAUAGUUGCAAGCCUCGAGAUAUUCUUCCCAUGGCAUUACCAAGCUGUCGUCAUAUUGACGAUUACGGCCCCGAUAGUCACGAUCAGCUUCCAUUUCCUCAAUAUCUUUCUCCUUCUCUCUCUCCUUCUCUC